ACACCCAGAUACCUCCCACAAUGAACCUGUGGACUAUGAACUGUGGACUACACACAGAGACAGGACGUGCACAUUGUUCACGUGUUGCUCAGCAGCCGGGGUAAACUGGACGCUCAGUGUUUGUCAGCUGGAUCUGUUAAACUCAGGAUGAAUUUGCUCCUGCUGUGUGUUCUGCUGUGCAUCACCAGCUGCUCAGCGGACAAAGGUGCAGCCAGGGCUCGUUCAGUGACUCUUCAGCCCUGGUUGGUGGGUCUGUCUGCUGUUGUUGGUUUCCUGUUUCUUGUCUUCGUUAUCGUGAUCAUUAAAAGGCUUCUUAAAAAAGACAGGAAGGAUGAAGAGGGCUGGAAUUAUGAUGAUCUAAAGUCAGARGAAGGUGACUUUACAGAAACCAUUAUGUAGAAACCCACCUGCUUCGAGAACCACUCUACACACACGUCACAGUCAUCAGAUUAGUUGUGACGGUCACAUCGGGGCUAUUUUUGAUGAAAAAUCCUAAUUUUACUGGUAUACUGAACUUAACGAGAGCCAUCAACAAUGUCUUCUAUCAUCUUUAAAGUGAAAAGCUAAGGUUAUUUGUGUUUUUCUUUAUCUGUUUAUUUCUGUUUCUUUUUUUAAGAAACAUAAAUGCUUUUUAUUUAACAUGGACAGACACUGUACAUAGCUAAGAUUAUGAAAAUUCUCCAGUGUCCUACUGUUUGUAGAAACAAAAUGCUAAUUUGCAACACUAGAAUAUUAAAAUACAUUUUUAAAAAGUGUUAUUGUUAUACCAUUUCAAGGUCCACACUAUACAGUAUAUAAAUCACUUUUAUUUUUUUGUCAGUCCAGAAACGUUAAUACAUUUUAAAGCCCUUCAGUGAGUCUGGACAACUUUUGCUCAAGACAACUUUACAUGGUUUGAAUAAAAUUGGGAUGAAAUGAA